UGCCCAACAAAAAACAAAAAAAAAAACUCUUUUGGAACGUCUCCCAAACGCAUCCUUAAAUCUCGAACUCAAGGAAGUGUCAAACCGCCAUUUCCAAACAAGCACACUUCGGGGUUUAUUAAAUUCUGUUCAAGCGUUAAACACACCGCGGCUGAAACUCGAAACAGAGGUCGCGAAAGAGAGUUGGGCCAUCCAUGGCGACCCGUAUUGCUCCUGGAGUCGGGGCAAACCUUCUCGGUCAACAUUCCGCUGAGCGCAAUCAAGACGCCACAGCCUACGUCGGAAACCUCGAUCCUCAGGUUUCAGAAGAAUUAUUAUGGGAGCUGUUUGUUCAAGCAGGCCCAGUUGUUAAUGUCUAUGUCCCCAAGGAUAGAGUUACCAAUGCUCAUCAAGGCUAUGGCUUUGUAGAGUUCCGAAGUGAAGAAGAUGCUGACUAUGCAAUAAAGGUGUUGAAUAUGAUUAAACUUUAUGGGAAACCUAUACGAGUGAAUAAGGCAUCACAAGAUAAGAAGAGUGUUGAUGUUGGUGCUAACCUCUUUGUUGGAAAUCUUGAUCCUGACGUAGAUGAGAAGCUUCUAUAUGACACAUUCAGUGCUUUUGGAGUAAUUGUUUCAAAUCCAAAGAUAAUGAGAGACCCUGAGACGGGGAAUUCUCGUGGGUUUGGUUUUAUAAGCUAUGAUUCAUUUGAGGCAUCUGAUGCUGCCAUUGAGGCGAUGAAUGGCCAAUAUCUUUGUAACAGGCAGAUUACAGUUUCCUAUGCCUACAAGAAAGAUACGAAGGGUGAACGUCAUGGGACACCUGCAGAGAGAGUUUUAGCUGCGAGCAAUCCAAGUAGCCAAAAGAGUAGGCCCCAUACACUCUUUGCUAGCGGACCUCCGACACUCCCCCCUGUGGCGCAAGCCAAUGGUACAGUUGCUGCCCCAGUGCCGCCACGGCCUUUUGCAAAUGGCCCUUUUCCCCCACCUGUUGCUCAGGCAAUUCACCCGCCGCCACCCAUGCAGUCUAAUGCAUAUCCGCCAAUGCAAUUACCACCACCGCAAUCAUGGCAGGCUCAGCCUCCACAACCUGGGACAGUCGGCUUUCCUCCACAGCAGUUUAGAGGCCCGCCCAUGCCACCACCUCCGCAGCUAGCUCCACCCAUGAAUAGGCCCCCGCCACCACCAAUGGGAAUGGGUGCUCCUCCUAUGUGGCGGCCGCCACCACCUCCCCAGCAAUUAACUGGUGGAUACCAAAUGUCAAUGCCACCACCUCCACCUGCAAAUUAAGAACUUGAAGAUGCCUACAAUUCUAUUCUUGGGUGAGGAAGAAAACUGGAAAACUUUUGUAGUAUGUCGUUUCUUGAUUCUCGCACUUGAAUUUAUUAAAAUACUGUAUCAAUGUACAAUAUUACGUUGACAUGCGUCUUGAAUAUCAAGUAAUGUAUGACAUAAAAUUGUUGACAGUAGGAUAUAUUUUAGACUUGAGAGAAA